AGAGAGUAAGUACAAGGUUCCUUUCGCCAAUCCCCGCGGGCCACAGCUAGCUUGCCCGCCCGGCCCUUUUCAGUCACCAAUCUAGGUGGCCCCCUUCCGACUGUCCAGUCAGCCAAUCAGAAGCGGGAAAGCGUCCCGCCUUUGCGGUCGUUCGCUGAUGCUAGCAUCGGCCGGAAUUUUAGGGAGCGACCUGCGCCGCGGAUCUCUGGCAGCGAGGAGUGGUUUAAAGGAGGUGGCGGGAAGCCACUGAUCGAACUUGUCACCCUCAUGGUCGCUUCGAUUUUUCACAAUUAAAAUUAACAUACCAGAAUAAGCCAAGAUGUCUGUCGAUCCAAUGACCUAUGAAGCCCAGUUCUUUGGUUUUACACCACAAACUUGCAUGCUCAGGAUCUACAUUGCAUUUCAAGACUACCUAUUUGAAGUGAUGCAGGCUGUUGAACAGGUUAUUCUGAAGAAGCUGGAUGGCAUCCCAAACUGUGAGAUUAGCCCAGUCCAGAUUCGUAAAUGCACAGAGAAGUUUCUCUGCUUCAUGAAAGGACGUUUUGAUAACCUUUUUGUCAAAAUGGAGCAGCUGUUUUUACAGUGGAUUUUGCGGAUUCCCCCAAACAUCUUACUUCCAGAAGAUAAAUCUCAGGAGAUGCAUUCUUAUAGUGAGGAGGAAUUCCAUCUUCUCCAAAAAGAAAUUGAACAGUUGCAGGAGAAGUAUAAAACUGAAUUAUGCACUAAGCAGGCCCUUCUUGCAGAAUUAGAAGAGCAAAAACUUGUUCAGGCCAAACUUAGACAGACAUUGGCUUUGUUUGAUGAGCUUCAAAACGUUGGCAGAAAUCAUGGGACUAGUGAUUUUAGAGACAGCUUUGUGUUCCUGGUCCAGAACUCCAGAAAACUCCAGAAUAUUAGAGACAAUGUGGAAAAGGAAAGCAAAAGACUGAAAAUAUCUUAAUUUCUAAAUAGUAGAAAGAGCCAGUCAAAUGUAGAAUGAGUAAGGGAUUUAUAUCAAUAACUAUUCUUAUUUUAGUGAACUGUGUAUUUUGUUGGAUUCUCUUUGUUUACUCUUGCUUGUAUUCCACAUUUUCCUCUUUUUUGGUCCCCUUUCCUGACGGAUCUAUGAACAAAUCUUUGAAGCAUUUAUUUCUACAGUCCUCUAAUAGGUAGGAAGGGAUCUUGAUCCAUUAAAAAUUCAUUUGGGGGCAGGAUGAAGAAAUAAAGCUUUUCAUGGCCAAAGAUAUUUGUAAAAGUUGUACCUUGGUCAUGAGUCCUUUUUAACCUUGUUCCUUUUUACUUAUUCUUUAGAUGAGACCAAAUGACAAAAAGGUUGAGUGAGUGGCUCCUUUAUUAAUCAGCUACUACACUGUGGGACAGCUAACAUAGAAUGUUUACUUUUGCCCUUUAAUUUUUCUUACCUGAGAAGGUUAAUAACUAGUUGAAAGAAGCAAGUAGCAGAGAAAACAACCACAAUCUUUAGUAAAGAAGAAAGAAGUUGUUUUCAAAAAAUAUAUCCUUUCUAUGACCAAGGCCUUGAUGAUGUUAAACAACUUACUAUAUUGGAGUCCAGCAGUGGAAGACCUUGGACAAAAAAGAAGCAGAUCUCACUGGAAUAGAAAAGGAAGCCUGGAACAUACCCUAUAGCAAAGUUUAUAUUAACUGACUGUUAGGUAUUUGUGCCAUUUUUUUUUCAUACUCCAGACAGUUUUGGAAUUUUCCUUGUACCUAAUAUUUAAUUAACAUGUAUUCUCACUGAUAAGCAUUCAAUAUUUUGUACCUUCAGUGGGAAUUUUUAGCUAUGUCUUUUUCUUAAAUUCCAUGGAGUCUGAUACUUUUAUAAUUAAUCCGUGUAACAUGUUAGGUCACCCAAGGAAAGAGAAAAUUUGGCAAUAGUUACUCUAAAGGUAUGCUUGCCCUCCAUGUCUUCCUAAAUAACAGGGUUUGGAGUUUUUCCUUUAUGUAGAAGAGUAACCUAGGGUAUUAAUAUUUGCAAUUAAAUAGUCAUAGAUUUAGGAACUCUGUGUUUAUCUGGAUGUAUUUAUUAUCAAAGAGUUCUUUUUCUAAUCCUGCACAUGAAAUAUAUAUGUUUUUAAAGGCUUUGGUUUUUUAUUUUUCUUUUGUCUGUAAUGUCAUGGCAUGUUUUCUUCCUCAAUAUUCCUUUUUACCCAAAUGAAAUCUAAAUUUUUUAAAUUUUUUUCUUUUACAUCUGUAGGUUAUUUAAAAUCCCCUAGUAUAAGAAGAUUAAAUGGUGAUUUCCCAUAGGAUUUGCCCAUGUAUGUUAUGAUUUCUGGAAACUAGGACUGUUCUUUAUUUGGAAAAAUGAUCUUUGCAGGUUUAAUUAAGUUAAGAACCUAGAGAUGAGAUCAUUCUGAAUUAUCUGGGGAGAGGGGUGGGGAAAUCCAUUGUUAAGUGUCUUUUAUAAGAGAAAGGCAGAGAGAUUUGAGAUGGAGGAGGAGGCAUUGUGACCACAGAGACAGAUUGAAGUGAUUCAGGCAGAAGUUCAGGAAUGGCAACAGCCACCAUAAGCUGGAAGAGGUAAAGGGCAGAUUCUCUCCUAGCACCUGCAGCAGGGCCCUGCUGACACCCUUAUUUUGCAUUUCUGGCCUUCAGAACUAAAUACAUUUCUGUUGUUAUGGUAGCAACAGAAAACUAAUGUACUUGGUAAAAUUAGAACAUUAAGAUAUUAAAAAGGAUGUAAGCUGUUAUUUAAGGAAAUGACAGCUCAGACCUGAUUGGCCCCAUUAUAUAUGCAAUAAUAUGGUUUGUCUGAAUACAGUUAAAAUAUGAACAAGACUUGGAUCGAAGUGUGAAAUCCACAGUGAUUAGAGUUCAGGAGUUCAUUUCAUGUUGAGUAAGUGCUUAAUUUAUCAUUUGUCAUAGUAAUAUCUCCAUAGAAACAAGUUAAUCUGCUUGGCCUCAUUGUCCUCUAAUAGUUAAAUUCCUCCCUCAGAAAUUCAGAAAUCAGAAUAAUAAACACUUGGUUACUUACUCGGCUCCAUUGCCAUAUCUCCCAUCUAGCAUCAAUUUCACCCAGUUCCCUGCUUCUCUCUACAUUAGGUCAUAUGACUUUGUAAUAGCAAGCCUGCUCCCAAGCUUUCCCUUGCUUUUAUCUGUUUACUCCCCCAUAAAACAUCAUGCCUGUUCCCCAAUGUACACCCUCAGAUAGACUUCUCAUCCUGUGGCUGCAGUGACAGGGCCAUUUUUGGAGAUAGUUUGGCAUUAAUAAAAAGAGUGGUCAUUACUACCAACCUUACAAAAGUAGAAAGAAUUAUAAAGACAUACUAUGUAAGAGGUUCUACAUUCAGUUAUGAUGGGGGUUUUCCCUAUAACACAAAGCAGUUUUUAGGCACCACCUGGGUGUCCUACAAUUCAACUCAAUUUGAUAUCUGCUCAGAAAUUUCAGUCACAAGCCCAAGUGCUUCUGAUUGACGGGCUGUGAAUCAGAGAUUCCACUGAACCCCUCCUUGGAUUUAACUAACUUACUAGAGUUGCUCACAGAACUCAAGGAAACUGUUUACUCCCCAGAUUACCAGUUUAUUACAAAGGGAAUAUGAUUUAAUGGCCAGAU